AUGUCUUCAACAUCAAAUACAUUUGGUGAUGACAACAUGGGGACUCAAGUGGGGGUCAAUCAUGGACAGAUCUACUUCUCGUCCGCCCCACAGGAAACUCCACAGCAGAGCAUAGACAACGAGGUGCGUAGGUCACUGGCAUUCCCGGAGAUGCUAGAUCGGAGAGACAAUAUCGAGCCAUGCCAUCCCGAUACCUGCCAAUGGAUUUUGGAGUUGGAAAAAUACAAGUCCUGGAGAAGCCAGUCCCGCGGUCUUUUAUGGAUCAAGGGCAAGCCAGGCGCGGGAAAAUCGACAUUGAUGCUAUUCCUACACGAUGAACUCAAGAGACAUGUCGAUCGAGGUAUUCGGCUCGAGUUUUUCUUUACUGCUCGGGGCACAGAGAUGCAACGCAUACCGCUCGGGAUGCUCAGAUCGUUACUAAGCCAAAUUUUUGACCGCGAUGCGGCGAUACGCCCUCAGCUGCGCGAUGCCUAUGAACAACGAUGUAGGCAGUUUGGGUAUGGUGAACGUAAAUGGCAAUGGCCACGAACGGUGCUAGAAGAGCUACUAGCAGGUGCUAUCUUGGCAUCCGCUAGUCGGCAGCAAAUAAUGAUUUUUGUUGAUGCUCUGGAUGAGGCUGGGGCGGAGUCAGCUCAAUACCUGGCAGCAUAUUUUCAUCGACUUAUCAAUCGUGCUGAAAAAAUGGGCGUGGCCGUUCAAAUUUGUAUUUCAUGUCGACACUACCCUAUCCUGGAAAGCGACGCUACGAGGGAGAUAUGGGUCGAACACCAUAACAAUGAUGAUAUCGCCAGAUAUAUUAAGGAUAUCAUUGUUGAUACGGAUGUCGGAGACGGUCCGGGUCAGGAGACGAGGGAAGCACUGGCAGAGCAAUUGAUCCGACAAUGCAAAGGAGUGUUCCAGUGGGCCCAUCUUAUAAUGCCUCUUAUCAGGCAGAAGAUUCUCGAAGGGGAAUUGUUUGGUGACAUCCGUUGCUGGCUACACGAGGUCCCAGUUGGCCUAGAAGACGUGUAUACGUAUAUUCUGAACAAUGUGAUCGAAGGCAGGAAUCGAGCACAGUCGUUCUUGUUAUUUCAGUGGGUGUCCCUUGCCGAGCGGCCCCUGACUGUGACAGAAAUGCGGUAUGCCUUGGCAGCCCAGAAUGCUGAAUUAAUAUUUCCCCAAAAAACAUGGGAGAAGAUCGACGGGUUUGUUGAGAGCAACGGACGUAUGAAGCGAAGGAUCCAGGUCCUUUCUGGUGGACUUGUUGAAGUAAUCUCAACCGUGGAUUAUGACAAGAUUGUGCACGAGACUGUGCAGGUAGUACACCAGUCAGUCAAUGAUUUCUUGCGCGCAAAAGGGCUAGGGCUUUUGUGUCACAAUAUCGGCACUAGCACGUUUCCUAUGGAUGACGAGAAGAUUUUAUCUCAAUGCCAGGCAACUCUCUACCGAACAUGUCUGGUUUAUCUAGCCACAGUACACAUACCUCGAAAAAUAUCAGAUAAACAGGACUUCAUUCAGAACCACCCGUUGCUUGAUUACGCUACAAACAACCUUUUCAUUCAUGCGGAAAAGGCUGCUAAUUCUCGAGUGGACGUGCUACAGAAUGAACAAGACAUACUGCAGCGAGUGAUUGGUCCAUGGGUCCAAAUUUACCAAAUCCAAGAUCACUCUGUCAAGAGAUGCCCCCAGGAAGGUACGACGAUCUUACAUAUGGCUGCAGCUGCCAACCUACUUGAUAUUAUAGAAUCUGUGGUGUCAAACGGUGGGGAUAUCAUGACGAAAGACAUUAUUGGAAACACAGCUUUCCAUCUAGCAGCGCGCCAAGGUCAUAUCACAGCGGGCAAAAUACUCCUAGGGAAGGGGGCAGACCACAACGCAAAGAACCAAAGUGGGAUAACACCAUUAACUGAGGCGGCCAGUUGUGGGCAUGUGAGAUUUGUGGAAUGGCUCCUACAUGAGGGCGCAAAUGUUGAGACAAGUGCGAGAAGUGAAGGUGCAUUGCAAGCGGCUUCGUUGGAAGGUCAUGAACGCGUGGUGGCAAUAUUGCUUGGAGCAGGAGCCAAUGUCAACGCCCAGGCUGGUGAAUAUGGAAAUGCCCUACAGGCCGCAGCCUCAAGAGGAAGCACCGAGAUAGUACAACUACUUCUGGAAGCCCACGCCGAUAUCAACGCCCAGGGUGGUAAAUAUGGCAAUGCCCUACAGGCCGCCGCCUUGGGAGGAAGCACUGAGAUAGUACAACUACUUCUGGAAGCCCACGCCGAUGUCAACGCCCAGGGUGGGAUAUAUGGAAAUGCCCUACAGGCUGCUGCAUACCACGGAAGCACCGAUAUAGUACAACUGCUUCUGGAAGCCCACGCCGAUGUCAACGCCCAGGGUGGGAUAUAUGGAAAUGCCCUACAGGCUGCUGCAUACCACGGAAGCACCGAUAUAGUACAACUGCUUCUGGAAGCCCACGCCGAUGUCAACGCCCAGGGUGGGAUAUAUGGAAAUGCCCUACAGGCUGCUGCAUAUCACGGAAGCACCGAUAUAGUACAACUACUUCUGGAAGCUCACGCCGAUGUCAACGCCCAGGGUGGGAUAUAUGGAAAUGCCCUACAGGCUGCUGCAUAUCACGGGAGCACCGAUAUUUUGCAGAUGCUUCUAGAAGCCCACGCCGAUAUCAACGCCCAGGGUGGUAAAUAUGGCAAUGCCCUACAGGCUGCUACAUAUCACGGAAGGACCGGCACAGUACAGAUACUUCUAGAAGCCCACGCCGAUGUCAACGCCCAGGGUGGGGAAUAUGGAAAUGCCCUACAGGCCGCCGCCUUAGGAGGAAGCACCGAAAUAGUACAACUGCUUCUGGAAGCCCACGCCGAUAUCAACGCCCAGGGUGGUAAAUAUGGAAAUGCCCUACAGGCUGCUGCAUAUCACGGAAGCACCGAUAUAGUGCAGAUGCUUCUAGAAGCCCACGCCGAUAUCAACGCCCAGGGUGGUAAAUAUGGCAAUGCCCUACAGGCCGCCGCCUUGGGAGGAAGCACCGAGAUAGUACAACUACUUCUGGAAGCCCACGCCGAUAUCAACGCCCAGGGUGGUAAAUAUGGAAAUGCCCUACAGGCCGCCGCCUUGGGAGGAAGCACUGAGAUAGUACAACUACUUCUGGAAGCUCACGCCGAUAUCAACGCCCAGGGUGGUAAAUAUGGAAAUGCCCUACAGGCCGCCGCCUUGGGAGGAAGCACCGAGAUAGUACAACUACUUCUGGAAGCCCACGCCGAUAUCAACGCCCAGGGUGGUGAAUUUGGAUCACCUCUAUUGGCGGCUGUUCAACAGGGCCAUACUGAUCGAGCUCAGUUACUUCUUCAGGCUGGCGCAGAUGUGUUACUUGCAAAUGAAUAUGACCAGACUCCUCUUCAUAUUGCGGCCUACAACAAUCAACUCGACUUUCUGAAUCGAUUCCCGCUACUUGCCUCGGGUAUCAACAGCCGGGAUAAGUUCUUACGAACCCCGCUUCAUGUGGCUAAUUAUCUCGGUCACAUCGAAUUCGCCGAAAAGCUCCUCCAUCUUGGUGCUAAUCCUUCUCUUGCAGAUGGUUAUGGUAGAAAUAUUCUGGACUGGGUAGCUGGAAACGAAAGCCUGAUGCAUCAAAUCCAAACCUACUGUCCUCUGAUUGUCAUGACCCCUAAGGAAACUCAAGAAUCGACUAUUCGUCAAUCAAUCCUUCAAAUCUCAGAUACACUUCUUCGUUCUAAGUUGAACUUCCCAUGGCCUCUUUUGCGACAGAUGGGCCGCUAUUUCUUGUUUCUCGCGGAAUUUUGCUCACACCCGCAUAUAUGA